AUGGAGUGGGGCGAAGAGCAGGCGAAGGCCUUCGAAGCCCUCAAGAAAUACAUUGAAAAUUUGGCAGUCAUGUCCAGCCCUUCGGAGAAGUCGGAGUUGAUGUUAUACGUCGCCACGUCAGGUGUAGCUGUCAGCGCGGUUCUCGUCGAAGAGCGCACAGUCGAAGGGACAUUGACGCAGGUGCCCAUAUAUUUCGUCUCCGAAGCCCUCAACGGCUCAAAACUGCUAUACUCAGAAAUGGACAAGAUGGCAUAUGUUGUGGUCAUGGCAGCGCGAAAGCUUCGCUACUAUUUCCAAAGCCACAAGAUCAAGGUCCCGACCUCUUUUCCUCUUCGGGACAUGUUUGAGAACAGAGAAGCCUCCGGCAGAAUUGGCGCACCAGGAAACUACAAGUACGCUGCAGUUGGAGUUGAAUAUUUCUCGAAAUGGGUCGAAGCCAAGGUGCUCAGAGACAUCACGGCCGGAGCCCUGCAGAUAUUCUUUUGGCAGAACAUUGUCUGUCGCUUCGGCGUCCCGAAGGAGGUUACAGUGGACAAUGGCAAGCAGUUCGACUGUGCAACUUUCAGGGAAUUCAGUACACAGUUGGGUACGAAGCAGUGUUUCGCUUUGGUCUACCACCCGCAAUCAAAUGGAGCAGUGGAGAGGGCCAACGGCAUCAUCUUCGCAGGCAUUAAGAAAAAUAUCACCGAGCUACCAAAGGGAAAGUGGGCGGAUGAGUUGCCAAGAGUCAUAUGGUCUCAUAACACAACAGAGUCGAGGGCCAUGAAAUUUACCCCAUUCAAGCUUUUGUAUGGCGAAGAGGCAGUCACACCAGAAGAGAUCAAACUCAAAUCUUGGAGAACAGCCGAAGGGGCAGAAAGAAUCGAAGAGGACAUAAAGCCUUCGAUCGACACGAUCGAAGCAAGCAAGAUGCAAGCCGCAAUUAACCUGGGCAAGUAUCAAGAAGAGACAAGAAGGUGGAAGAACAAGAAAGUGAAGCCCAGAGAUAUCAAAGAGGGAGAUCUAGUGCUUCGAAGAAUACCAAAGGCCAAGCAAAAAGGCAAGAUGUACAACAAGUGGUAA